AAACUCAGAAUGCAGAAAGUCCCAAGCAUCUUGUACAUCUGGUAUUAAUUGGUAUCUGUCCCAAUUAAUAGCAAUCAAAUCAUUAAUAAAUACAUCUAAAUUUCAUGGUGGGGGAACCCAGACUGGCCUGGGCCUGGAUUUCCUGACUCGUACACACUUGACCACUGCUUCGGGCAGCCGCGCUGUUGAUGGUGUGGCCCAAGUGGUAGUUGUGCUAACAGAUGGGCGCUCCCAGGAUGACGUGGCCGAGCCAGCUCAGGUGCUGUGGCUGGCAGGCGUGGAGGUGUUUGCAGUUGGAGUUCAGGAUGCAGUUGAUUCAGAGCUCAGGGACAUGGCUAGCAAGCCCCAUGACACUCAUGUGUUCAGUGUAGACUCUUUCCUGACUUUGCGGGAUAUAAUCCAAGAUUUAGUAGUGGGGCUUUGUGACGCAGUGACCCGGUCAGAGGGUGGUCCUGUGGCAAAUGAGGCCCCCGUGUCUGGAGGAGGGACAGCACAAGAUUCAGCUGACCUAGUACUCUUAAUUGAUGGAUCAGAGAACGUUGGAGCAGCAAACUUCCCCUUUGUGCGCAAUUUGGUUUUGAGAAUCAUUGAGCCCCUUGAUGUGGGCAGGGACACUUUUCGUGUGGCCUUGGCCCUGUACAACGGCAACCCACAGAUAAAGUUCUAUCUAAAUAGCUAUGACAGCAAAUCAUCAGUCCUGGAAGCGGUGAAGGGCCUUUCCUACUCAGGGGGUGAUGAAUCUAACCUGGGGAGGAAGUAG